GGGGGAGCAGAUUUCAGCACACGCGAAGCGUAAUUUGGUCACCUCAUUUGCGGUGCUAAACGACGCGUCAACGGCACCUACCGCGCUUGAAUUAUUCAUGCGCGGUCGAUGAUCUAACUGAGGAGGAGCUUUCCGGGGAGAGCUUGUGGGUAAGCUUGGUUCGUUCGAUACCUCCAAGGUGAUUUGUUUUCAUUCAGAGCAUCGACCGAUUGCCCGACGCACGGACGGAAGAAAGCACACGGACCCGUCCUCGUAGUCGUCGUCGCGACAUGGUUUUUCGGGUAUUGCUGCAAUUGAGGAAAUGUAGAUCAACUGCCGAAAACGACCAACUGCCCCCAAAACAGCGGGGGCGGUUGAUAUAAAGACUAUCGUGAGACCGCGAUAGGUUAUCAGUGUAGUUUGUGUUUCCUCGGUGCAGACAGAGUGUCCAUUAGGUUGGCACUGCCUUCAAUAUGUUACUUAGACUGACGAUUUUGGCUUGUCUGGCAAUUAGCAGUGCCACAGCAGAGCCUCAACUAGAACAUGCCGCUGCGUAUGGAUACGGAGCGCACCUGUUCGGCGGGAUCAACCCUGAGCUGUACACUGCAGCUAGAGCGAUGGCCCCGGUGCAGUACGCCUCCAGCGUGCCAAUGGUGUACGCCAAUCAGCUGAUGGCAAGCCCGCCGUACAGGGCCAGCGCUCCGCUGCAGUACGCAGCCUCCCUACCGGUAAGCUACGCUGCCCCUCAGGCUUCCCUAGCUUACAGCAGCCCGUAUGCCUCCCAUCAUCCACAUGCUCAUCUGGCUUACGGAGUGCAGACUCCGCUGACGGCUAGCUACGCGGCUGCUGCAGCUGCGCCCUCGACCCAAUUUCACAACCCUACCCAAUACGCUUCGUACGCAGCCGCUCCUGUACACGCCGGACACGCAGCCCUUCUGGGAUCCGCCUCUGCAUCCGCACCAUCAUCAUCAUCCCUCAAUUACGCCGCUGCUCUCGCCAACGCUCAAGCUUACGGAGGGAGUUCUGCCUACGCACAGCAGCAGCAGCAGCAGCAGCAGCAGCAGCAACAGCAACAGCUUCAGCAAUAUCUUCAGCAACAGCUUCAACAGCAACAGCAUCAACAGUCACACAAUCCCUUUCACCAACAAUAUCUUCAGCAGCAGCAGCAACAGCAUCAGUCCUACCAGCAGCAGCUGGACGCCGCUUUUGGGCGGUCUGCCGCUGAGCUCUACGGUCGAGGAGUACCAUUUGCAUUUUCCGGCGGCAGCCAAGUGGCGUCCAGCGCUGCGAGCUCGGAGAUUGCUCGCCAAAUGGCCAUUCAACUUUCUCCGGGUUACCAGCAACAGCAGACGGCAUCGGCUUACGGGGACGCACGCUCGCAAGCUCGGACAGAUAGUGAGUAGGAUCCGCUGGCUGGAGAAGUACCUGCACGUGGUGCACUUCCGCCGGAGGCACUAGAGCCUGAGGGGAAAACGUCUUCCCGGACUGGACUGUCUCUAUUAAGUCAUGUGUGUUUGUGAAUGUAUGUGAUAAAUGUGUAAUUAUUUAUUUUGAUGUAAAAUAAAUCUUUAUAGCUAGAUAUACAAUAUAGAGGAAUACAAUAUAGCAAAAAUAGUAAUGUAAAGUUA